AUGCAUCUUCAACUCUCUCACUUGCUGGCCCUGGCCCCCCUAGUGGCCAGCCACACCACCUUCACCAACCUGUACGUCGACGGCAUCGACCAGGGCGACGGCGUCUGCGUGCGCAUGAACCCGGACGCAGAGACCGCCACCUAUCCGAUCGAGCCGCUGAGCAGCAAGGACAUUGCCUGCGGAAUCCACGGCGAAAAAGGCGCCAAACGAAUCUGCCCCGUGGAGGCGACCUCUCUCCUGACCUUCGAAUUCCGCGAAUGGACCGACGGGUCGCAGCCGGGGUCCAUCGACCCCAGCCACAAGGGGCCCUGCGCCGUGUACAUGAAACACGUGGACGACGCCAGCGCGGACAACAACGCCGCGGGCGACGGGUGGUUCAAGAUCUGGGAGAUGGGGUACGACGAGAGCGCGGGCAAGUGGUGCACGGAGAAGCUGAUCGACAACAACGGGCUUCUGUCGGCGCAUAUCCCCGCGGGUCUGAAGGGUGGGUAUUACCUCGUUCGUCCGGAGCUGUUGGCCCUGCAUGCGUCGCAGGAGAGUCCUGCCGAUCCGCAGUUCUACACCGGGUGUGCGCAGGUGUUCCUGAAGGGGGAUGAGGCGGGUGUGGUGCCCGAGGGGGUGAGAUUGGGUGAGGGCACGUAUGAUCUCAACGACGAGGCGUUGACGUUCAACAUCUACGAGUCGCCGAUGAAGUUGCCGUAUCCGCGUGUGGGCCCGGAGGUCUGGCAGGGGGCUGGCGGCAAGGGAAAGCGUCAGGAGAGCUCGAAGAUGACGCAGGACAAGGGCCUGAAGCCGGAGGGAUGCAUUCUGGUGCGCGACGACUGGUGCGCCUACGAGGUGCCGGCUUAUGACAAUGAGGAUGGCUGCUGGGAGUCCUCGGCCAAGUGCUGGGACCAGAGCAAGGUCUGCUGGGAGACGACGCUGCCCACCGGCGGCGCCUCCUGUCAAAUCUGGGAGGACAAGUGCAACGCCCUCGACGACGCUUGCAACGGCGGCGACUUCCACGGCCCUCCCAACAAGGGCAAGGACUUGACGCCUGCUCCCAAGAAGCCUAACGGAUCGCUGGAGCCUUUCACCGAGAGCGCCUCCAAGCGGUCGGAGCGCAGCAGACGUCGUCUGUAG